UAAGGCGAACACAGCCCCAGCCAAGAGCCAAGAACUGACAGCCGAAAAAACUGAUAGCCAAAACAGCCUCAGAACCGUGGUGGCAUUAGAUCGGAAUCCGUUUCGAUAUUUCACAUUUCGGAUUCCGGCCAUCUGAAGAAGUAUAGAAAUACGUAAAAAAAAAAAAAAAAAAGAAAAUAAAUACGUAGGGAAAUGUGCAAAAAACUUUUCAACAAACCAGGAAACAUAAAACAACACACAAAGUUCCCAAUCCCAUUCCGAAAUACAUUUUUUUCAACAUUUUUGUUUGUGUGACUUUUGCCCGAAAAACCAAGCGAGAAAAUCUGAAAAACUUUUGAACCGAAAACUGCGACCAAAAGUGAUUUUUGUGAACGCCAGGAAUUUCUCAGCUCUGUGGGCCCAAGGACACUAUUAGCCUGUGAAGCUGCGAAGGAGGCGAAACAAGUGAAAACUAAGCUCCUGGUGGCUAUGAACUCCAACUAGAUAGCUCCAACCUGAGAAAAAAGGAACACCCAGCCCAGGGUUAGAGAUGUCCGACUGGCAGUCUACCGUCUAAGUGACUUCCACUCGAUUCCCAGCCAGUUGCCGAUCUUCAGCAUGGACAACAGCUCCGCCGCGGCGGGCUCCGCCACGGAUGUCCUCUACCAGUGGAGCGCCAAUGCCGCUGCCUCCGCUCGGCUUGCCCCCUCGGCCACACCCCACUAUGCGGGCUUGCCACUCGGAGGUAGGAUGGCCGACUCCGUGGACGGAGGCCAGUACUUCAUGGCCGUGCAGAACGAGUCGCAGUACGACUACGGGAACGAGAGCCUGGACUCGGCCUCCUAUCAGCAGACGAACGGCGAGCCGUGCCGGCAGAUGGACGGCAACAUGACCUACUGGAACCUCACCUGCGAGUCUCCGCUCGAGUACGCGAUGCCCCUCUACGGCUACUGCAUGCCCUUCCUGCUGAUCAUCACCAUCAUCUCCAACUCGCUGAUCGUCCUCGUCCUGAGCAAGAAGAGCAUGGCCACACCCACCAACUUUGUGCUAAUGGGCAUGGCUAUAUGCGAUAUGCUGACGGUUAUAUUUCCGGCACCGGGACUAUGGUACAUGUACACGUUCGGCAAUCACUACAAGCCCCUGCAUCCGGCCUCCAUGUGUCUGGCCUACAGCAUCUUCAACGAGAUUAUGCCAGCCCUGUGCCACACCAUCUCCGUUUGGCUAACUCUGGCCCUCGCCGUGCAAAGAUACAUCUACGUCUGCCAUGCCCCCAUGGCCAGGACCUGGUGCACCAUGCCCCGUGUGAAGCGCUGCACCUUUUACAUCGCCCUGCUGGCGUUACUCCACCAGGUGCCCCGGUUCUUCGACCGCACCUACAUGCCGCUCUACAUCGAGUGGAACGGCGAGGAGACGGAGGUAUGCCACCUGGAGACGUCGCUGUGGGUGCACGAGUACAUUGGGGUGGAUCUGUACUACACGAGCUACUAUCUGUUCCGGGUGCUGUUCGUCCACCUGCUGCCGUGCAUCAUCCUGGUGACGCUGAACAUCCUGCUGUUCGCGGCCAUGCGGCAGGCGCAGGAGCGGCGCAAGCUGCUCUUCCGCGAAAACCGCAAGAAAGAGUGCAAGAAGCUGCGCGAGUCCAACUGCACCACCCUGAUGCUGAUCGUGGUCGUGUCGGUCUUCCUCCUUGCCGAGAUCCCCAUCGCCGUGGUCACCGUGAUGCACAUCGUCAGCUCGCUGAUUAUCGAGUUCCUUGACUACAGCCUCGCCAACAUCUGCAUCAUGCUGACGAACUUCUUCCUGGUGGUCAGCUACCCGAUCAACUUUGGCAUCUACUGCGGCAUGUCGCGCCAGUUCCGGGAGACCUUCAAGGAGAUCUUCCUCGGCCGGCUGGUGGCCAAGAAGGACAGCUCCACCAAGUACUCGAUCGUCAACGGCGCCCGCACCUGCACCAACACCAACGAGACGGUCCUCUAGUAAUUGGUGAUGUUGGUGCCGCGGCGGGGCAGCAGCGACCACCGUCGCACCACCUGCACCAGCACCACCAUCCAUGCUCCCGGCGGGUGCGGGGGCGCGUCCAGUGGUGGCGGCGAAGGUGCGCCGCAGCACCAGCAUCUGCUAACAACCCAGCGGCGGGUCAGCACCAUGGACAUCAUAGCCGAGGAGCGGAAUGUCUAAAGGGUGUCUGAUGAUGCCAGUUACCUCUUCCCAUCCCAGCAUCCCAGGAUCCCAGCUUGCUACCCAACAGAGCUAUAGAAAUCGAAAGCCAACUAACCCACAAUCCUCUCAAGAAACAGUCUUAGAAAUGUAAGAAAAGUUGAACUCACCCCUCUGUCGCAUUUUCCUGCGAAUUCCACAAAGUCCUCAGCGGGACUUGAGCCGGAACAGGACCCACAAGUCAGGUUUCAGGUGGGAACACUACAACUCAUCCAGUCCAGGUCUAACUAAAGAAAUCUGAAAUGAUAAGCAACCUUGAUCAAUGUUAGAUGUUAUAAGAGUAAUACCAACCACCCCCAUAGAUUAUAGAUCCUAGGAGCAGGCUGGACAAUAGUCCCCUUAU